UGCUGUCCUAACUAAUGCUAUGGGAUUAUCAGGACCACAGAGACACUGCAAGAAAUAAGACAAACCAGCAAAAGAAAUCACCACGGGAGAGCAGACGAGGCAUUUCAAGUAUCAGGGCUUGAGAUCUCAGCCUGAGUUCUACCCACUGAGCUUCAGCCGACUCCUGCCAGAUACUGGCCAAGAAGAGUGAGACACAGCAGAAAACAGUUCAGAACCUCAGACUUAAUCCUGAUGUAAAUUCUUGCACCAGGAUGGAGGGGGAAUCUUACUACAAUAUAACCACAGUCAAUGGCACCACAGUAGAUCACCAGCCUUUGGAACGCCAUGGGCUGUGGGAAGUCAUCACCAUAGCAGCAGUGACCGCCAUAGUCAGCCUGAUCACCAUUGUAGGAAAUGUCUUGGUCAUGAUCUCCUUCAAAGUCAACAGUCAGCUCAAGACCGUUAACAACUACUACCUGCUCAGCUUAGCCUGUGCAGACCUUAUCAUUGGGGUCUUCUCCAUGAACCUUUAUACCACCUACAUCCUCAUGGGACGCUGGGUUCUUGGGAGUCUGGCUUGUGACCUUUGGCUUGCACUGGACUAUGUCGCCAGUAAUGCUUCUGUCAUGAACCUCCUGGUAAUCAGCUUUGACCGGUACUUUUCUAUCACAAGACCACUGACAUAUCGGGCCAAACGUACCCCCAAAAGGGCUGGCAUCAUGAUUGGUUUGGCCUGGCUUAUCUCCUUCAUCCUCUGGGCCCCAGCAAUCCUCUGCUGGCAGUACUUGGUUGGGAAACGGACAGUACCACCUGAUGAGUGCCAGAUACAGUUUCUCUCUGAGCCCACCAUAACAUUUGGCACUGCCAUUGCUGCCUUCUAUAUCCCUGUCUCCGUCAUGACCAUCCUCUACUGCAGAAUCUACCGGGAAACAGAAAAACGAACCAAGGACCUGGCUGUCCUCCAGGGUUCUGAUUCUGUGGCAGAAGCUGAGAAAAGAAAGCCAGCUCAUGGGACUCUGCUCAGAUCCUGUUUCAGCUGCCCUCGACCCACUCUGGCCCAGAGGGAAAGAAACCAGGCCUCCUGGUCAUCUUCCCGCAGGAGCACCUCCACCACAGGGAAGCCAUCCCAGGCCUCUGGCCCAAGUGCUGACUGGGCCAAAGCUGAGCAGGUCACAACCUGUAGCAGCUCUGCCUCCUCAGAGGAUGAGGACAAGCCCACCACUGAUCCUGUCUUCCAAGUGGUCUAUAGGAGUCAGGCCAAGGAAAGCCCAAGGAAGGAAAUCAGUGCUGACCAGACCAAGGAAACUUUUAUGAGUACUCAGACUGAAAAAAAUGACUAUGACAGCCCAAAAUACUUCCUAUCUCCAGCUGCUGCUCAUAGACUUAAGACUCAGAAAUGUGUUGCCUAUAAGUUCCGACUAGUGGUAAAAGCUGACGGGACCCAGGAAACCAACAAUGGCUGCCGCAAGGUAAAAAUCAUGUCUUGCUCCUUCCCAGUGUCCAAAGAGCCUUCAACAAAAGGUCUGGACCCCAACCUCAGCCAUCAAAUGACCAAACGAAAGAGAAUGGUCUUAGUCAAGGAGAGGAAGGCAGCCCAGACCUUGAGUGCCAUUCUCCUGGCCUUCAUCAUCACAUGGACCCCUUAUAACAUCAUGGUCCUGGUUUCUACCUUCUGUGACAAGUGUGUCCCUGUCACCCUGUGGCACUUGGGUUACUGGUUGUGCUAUGUUAACAGCACAGUGAACCCCAUCUGCUAUGCUCUCUGCAACAGAACCUUCAGGAAGACCUUUAAGAUGCUGCUUCUCUGCCGGUGGAAAAAGAAAAAAGUAGAAGAGAAAUUGUACUGGCAGGGGAACAGCAAGCUGCCCUGAGGAGUGGGCAACACCCCUCAAAAUAGUACUAACCACAGGCUGGUUUGCUUCUUUUAAACAAUAUCAUCUGCCAUUCUGAGUCCCUGGGGACUUGUAAAGGCUUGAGGUCUAUCAUCCAAAGAAAAGAGUCACAGUUACAGCAACUGCUGCCAUAA